AUGCAUCUACCGUUUCACUGGCCUCAUGGAGGAUGCGAUGUUCUGACUCUGUCUUCUGUUAGAGAAGAGCAGCUUGCAUUGCUACAUACGCGCAUGGAUACAAAUGUGAUGGACGUAUGGAUUACGAAUAAGAUAGAGCCCAAUGCAGUGUCUUGGAGGAAGCUCUUCGUCGUAACCGAUGAGCGAAUUGUGUCCCAAGUUCCAUUUCAUAGUGGGAGUUUCUUUAUUGAUGAAGAGAAGAAAGUCCUUGUGGUUUAUCAGCAACCUAACAAGAUAGCUUUCAUGAUUCAAGGGAAUGGAUACUACGAAGAAGUGAAGCUCGGGAGAUCUGAUGAGGGAACACUUAUGUGCUCUUAUGUUCCAAGCUCGGUGCAGAUCCAGCAAGUACAUGCAGGUCGCAAUAGGAAAAGACGUACGAGAUCAUUAAGAUAUUUUACAAAAUAA